AUGCCGCAAAUCCACCGUCCCCCGGCAGCCCUGGACCUCGAAGACGCUCCCGCGCGGCAUGGAGCAGAGACCGAAGUACAUCCUCGACCCCCACAGGGUGUUCCCUCCGAGUUUAGCGGCUUCACGGGCGAGUUCGUAUUCAUCCUACUCUGCUCUAUGGGCCUAUUCCUGUUUGGUCUCUUUCUCGGCAAUGUCGUUAUCAACCAGGCUGUAUUCCCUCACAGACUCGGGGUCAGCGAAAGCAAUACUCCCUGGUUGAUCGGCUCUUUCCUGCUGGCGAACGGCAUCGCUGUGAUUGUGUCCGGGUCGCUGGCAGAUCUGUCAGACCCGAGACUCCUAAUGAUUCUGGGCUUUGUUUGGCUCGUCGUCUGGAAUGUCGUGGGCGUUUUCAGUAUCCGACCUUCCCUACCUGUCCUCUUUUUCGUGGUCAGGGCCAUGCAGGGGCUAGCGAUUGGUGUCCUGCAGUCAACUUCCAUGAGUCUGCUGGGGCGCGUGUACUCGCCUGGGAUUCGGAAAACUAGGGUUUUCUCGGUCAUGUCCGCAAUGACGCCCGUGGGCUUCCUGGUCGGCUGUCUACAAGGCGGCGCCCUCACCUCACACCUGCCCUGGAUCUUUGGAAGCAAUGCCAUGGUAUGCGCCAUCUGUGCCGUAGCUUCAUUCUCCGGUAUCCCCUCAUUUGCCCCAAGGCCCGGUGCAUCCGGUGAUCAGCUAUCGCUCAAGCACUUUGAUGUGCUCGGCGCAGUCCUGGCGGCGAUUGGCUGCGGCCUUAUUAUACUCGGCCUGACGCAAGGUGUCCCCAGCGACUGGAGCCCAUACACAUACACCCUGAUCAUUGUGGGAGCGCUGUUUCUUGUUCUGUUCUACUUCGCUGAAAGACGAGCAUCUCGACCGCUUGUCGAUAAUCGGCUCUGGACCACCGCGGGAUUUCUCCCACUAGCGAUCUCCUAUUUCCUCGGGUAUGGAGCAUACGUCGGCGGAUGGAUGUUCUUCGCCGUGCGGUUUCUCCUUACAAUCCAGGGUCACGCUCCCAUCACCGUGGCCCUAUACUUUAUCCCCAAUAUGAUCUGCGGCAUCCUUGCUACAUACACCGUUUCGAAAACCUUACAUCUCGUCCCCGGACAUUGGAUCCUCAUCGCUGGAAUGCUCGCGAACACAAUGGGCCCUGUGUUCUUCCUACCUCAAACCCCGAACACGACGUACUGGGCUUUGUCGAUGCCGGGAAUUGCCCUCGUGACUUUCGGACCGGAUCUGACAUUCGCAGCCGCGUCCAUCUUCAUCACAUCCAAUGUGCCCCGCUCCUUCCAGGGCUCAGCCGGGAGUCUACUCGUGACGAUUCAGAAUCUGUCCGCAGCGAUUGUGACGGCUAUUGGAGACACUAUCGGAAAGGAAGUCACCAAAGCCGGCGGGGACGGGUAUAGUCUGGACCUCGGCGCUUUACGGGCGAUCUGGUGGUUUAGUUUGGCGAUUUCGCUCGCGGCGGCGGCGGUUUGUGUUGGGUUUGUUCGCAUCCCGAAGAGUGAGGAGAAGGAUCACGUCGAAUGA